CGCCCACCCCUCGGCCAGCCCGCCCCGGGGACCGCGCCGCCCGAGCCCGGGCCGCCUCCCUCGCCAGGGCCGGGGCAGCAGCCGGCCGGGGGCGGGUCCUCCACCACCAUGCGGGGCGAGCUCUGGCUCCUGGUGCUGGUGCUCAGGGAGGCUGCCCGGGCGCUCAGCCCCCAGCCCGGAGCAGGUAAGGAUGCAGAUCGAGGCUCUGGAUGGGCCACCAAGGGGACCACGCAGGGCUGGAAUCGGAGAGCCCGAGAGAGCCCUGGGCAGGUGUCGGAGCCGGACAGGACCCAGCUGAGCCAGGACCUGGGUGGAGGCACCCUGGCCAUUGACACACUGCCGGAUAACGGGACCAAGGUCGUGGAGGACAACCACAGCUACUAUGUGUCCCGUCUGUACGGCCCCAGUGAGCCCCGCAGCCGGGAGCUGUGGGUGGACGUGGCUGAGGCCAACCGGAGCCAAGUGAAGGCCCACAGAAUCCUCUCCAACACCCACCGGCAGGCUUCGAGAGUGGUCUUGUCCUUCGAUUUCCCUUUCUACGGGCAUCCUCUGCGGCAGAUCACCAUAGCAACCGGAGGCUUCAUCUUCAUGGGUGACGUGAUCCAUCGGAUGCUCACAGCUACUCAGUACGUGGCCCCUCUGAUGGCCAACUUCAACCCUGGCUACUCCGACAAUUCCACAGUUGCUUACUUUGAUAAUGGGACUGUGUUUGUGGUCCAGUGGGACCACGUCUACCUCCAAGGCCGGGAGGACAGGGGCAGCUUCACCUUCCAGGCAGCUCUGCACCGUGACGGCCGCAUCGUUUUCGGCUACAAAGAGAUCCCUAUGUCAGUCCUGGAAAUCAGCUCCUCCCAGCACCCCGUCAAGGCAGGCCUGUCAGACGCCUUCAUGGUUCUCAAUCCAUCCCCAGAAGUACCAGAAUCUCGGCGAAGGACCAUCUUCGAAUACCACCGUGUGGAGCUGGACCCCACCAAAAUCACCAGCAUGUCGGCCGUGGAGUUCACGCCAUUGCCAACCUGCCUGCAGCAUCGGAGCUGUGACGCCUGCAUGUCCUCGGACCUGACCUUCAACUGCAGCUGGUGCCAUGUCCUCCAGAGAUGCUCCAGUGGCUUUGACCGCUACCGCCAGGAGUGGCUGACCUACGGCUGUGCCCAGGAGGCAGAAGGCAGGACGUGUGAGGACUUCCAGGACGAGGACCACUACUCGUCUUCCCCCGAGAGCUCCUUCAGCCCCUUUGAAGGAGACCUCACCACCACCUCCUCCUCCCUGUUCAUCGACAGCCUCACCACGGAAGAUGACACCAAGUUGAAUCCCUAUGCAGGAGAAGAUGGCCUUCAGGACAACCUGUCCCCCAAGACAAAGGGCCCCCCCGUGCACCUGGGCACCAUUGUGGGCAUCGUGCUGGCGGUCCUCCUUGUGGCGGCCAUCAUCCUGGCGGGCAUUUACAUCAAUGGCCACCCCACCUCCAACGCUGCACUCUUCUUCCUCGAGCGGAGACCCCACCGCUGGCCGGCCAUGAAGUUCCGCAACCACCCCAACCACUCCACCUACACAGAGGUCGAGCCCUCGGGCCACGAGAAGGAGGGCUUCGUGGAGGCCGAGCAGUGCUGAGGGCAUCGGCUCUCUCCUUGGAAGAGUAGGAACGAAGACCCAGGCACCCCAAAAAAGAUGAGUCAAGGCAACGCAGAGAAGUGACUUUCCCUGGCCUCCUCCGAACAUACCCUGGCUGGGAAGAUGAGACAGUGGUUUGUGGUGCCAGGGCACCCCAGAUAUUGAAGCAAUGGGCAGAAAAGCAACCCCACUGAGUUGGUAAGGAACAAUAACCUGAUUUCAUCCUGUUUUGAUGCAAGGGGUCUCCCUUUCCGGGUCUCUCGGUGGUCUACUCUGUAGCUGCCCAGAAGCCCCUCCCACCCGGUCCUGGUCACCCAACAACCCUGCAUACGACACAAGAGAACUAAACUCUAGAUUGGGGCACCGUGUGCCAGGGUCCAUAGACUCAAGAGCUGGUCCUCGUGGCUAUGGAUUCGUUUGUGUGUUCAGCCCCAGCUUCUGUGUCUCCAGGAGUCUGAAGAAGGAGUUCUUCCCAACUGUUACACACAGGUCUGACUCCCCCAGCCCUCCAUCAAGGCUUCGCUCCUCCACUUGCCCUAUCUGCUGAGAACGGGUACUUCUGCAUCGAACGUGUGUGCCGCCCGCGUCUCAGCCGUCACGCAGCGGUGGCCCAGCCUCGGCCUGGCGAGCCGAGCUGUGCGCGGCCACGUCUGCAGCAGCUCUUUAUUCCCUUGGCACGUUUGGUGUCCGUUACAUUCACUGGCCUGUUCUGGCGGUGCCACUAAGUCCCUCCAAAGGCAGGGCUUGCCUGAUGAGCAUUUUUCCUCCUCUGAGCUGGAAUUUUAUAGCCAUUAAAGAUGAACAGGGUGACGAGAGGGCUUCUUGAGACUACCCAGCAGGGAACUUCACUUGGAUUCUGUUGAGAAGCAAAGCCACCAGAACGGUUGGGACAGAGGAAGCUGGCGCUGGAAGGAGGGACUUUGUAUGGAAAACCUUGACCUGGACAGUUGCUGCCAUCUCCCCAACUCUGCUGGGUGUUUCUGGGGCAGAGAGUUUAGGCUCCCAAACUUAACAUAGUUUUAAGGGAGUUCUGUCCAGCGAUGAGUUGGGGCUCCUUCUGAAGUGCAUUUAAAAUUAAAAUCUAUAGCUUGCCCUCAUUCAAAGAAAAAAAUAGCAGCAGCAAAUAAACGUUAAAAUCACAGUC